GGACGACCCUGCAACCAGUAGCCACAACCCAUGAGGACCCCACAAGGGUCACAUGCAAGAGGAGUGACUAGUGUCAGCUCCGGACCCACCACGAUCCCCUCGCCGGCCCCAGCCAUCUACGGCCUUCCGAUCAGGCACCACCCUCCAAAAGGUCCGACAACCCCCGUGUCUGUUUAUUACCUGGCAACCAACUCCCCCUGCUCUGCGUGUCUCUCAAACCCGACCCUUGCGCGUGUUCUUACUGGACGGCACGAAAAAUCUGAUAAUUUAUUUAAAUUUUUUACUAAGAAACUCUGAUAUUUUUCAUUUUCUAUAUAUCUGGAGAAAUUACAAGUAUAAAGUAUAAACGUGAAAUGAAACUUUCCCUUCCCCAGCCACUACUACUCUGCACUCUGCAACACUCUGUUUUCUUUUUCUUUUCCUUCUUUUCUUUUUAUUGGCUUUUGCAGCUCUACUCUUACUCUACUGCUCUGUUCACUCUGUCUCAGAUUAUUAUAGUUUGGGUCCCUUAGCUCCUGGCCUUGCGCCGAGACAAAACCAAUCGAAUUUCAACCUUAUAAGUGUGACCUCCUGUUGUUAUUAAUAGAAGCAAACAGCAAACUCCAGGUCUCAUUCCAUCCCAUUUGUAUCUUUUCUCCUUCAGAUAAAUUCCUCUCUCGCUUUGUGAGUAAGUGGUAUUGGUGAGGAACUAGCUAUGACUAAGGUCGCUGAUGAAUUUGAGUCUUGGUUGCUCCCACAGUUCUUGAUUGAUGAUGAUGAUGUGUUUUCGGAGUGGAGAGGAAGUGAGAAAAUAAACGGUGGGAGAAAUGGGGUCACCGCUAGUUUCGGGAUGGGUUUGAACCAGAAAUUUGGAGGUGGGUUUGGUGAGUUUGGUCCUUGUGGUUCACCGGAGAUGGAGACUGAUGACGAUGACUAUGUUGCUGAGUUAUCACGGAUAUGGAGUAACUCUUCCCUUCGUGUAUCCUCUACUGCAUAUGAGAGCAAAAUGGGGUGGGGUUUGUCUGGUUCGCCGGAAUCGACGCUGUCCGGUGGCUUGGGCGGAGGAGAAUGUCGCUGUAUUCGUUGCUCCAGCCGUAAAAGUCCCACUUCUCUGUCUCAGGUUACUUCGCCGACGGGAAUGAACGGAAUCGAGACAGCUUGGGAGCUGCUUUGUGCGGCUGCAGGGGAGAUAGCUCGUCUGAGAAUGGCGGAAGAAGUGACUGGCUUUCAUCUGAAGAGCAUCAAUGGAGGCCGUAUUGUGCCUAUUCCCAGAAAGCCAACCCCUGUUUCCGUUCCUCAGAAGAACUCUGCCGGUCUUUCUUAUCAGAAUCAAGUGAAGGCCUUGCAAUUUCAGCUUCUCCGGGAACAACAAAUGAGCGAGAAGAAAUUUCAGUUGACCCAGACACAAGGAAAACUUCUGAACAAUGGAGGGAGAAAGCCUAAUAUCUCAACCGGUGUGUCAGGAUGGCCUUCUUUUGAACAGACCCGGCGGCAACAACAGGAAGCCGGCUCAGGCAUGAGGACUGUGUUCCCGGGAAAUCCAGUCUCCAAAACUAGUCGUGCCGGCACUGGUGUCUUUUUGCCCAGAAGAACUGGAGUCUCAGCUCCUGGUAGCAAGAAACCAGCAACAGCUGCCUCUUCCACUGUUUUGCUUGAGGACAGAGUGGUCCAAACCCGGAAUUUGGAAGCUAUGAAUUCACCGGCGCAGCCCAAAUAUGAGGCAGAAGGGGCAAGAUACAGAAGUGGUAGGAUGAUGUCUCAGCAGGGGAGCAGUAAUGUGAAACAAUUUCCAGUAAAGAUGAAACAAUCCCAGGAAAUUCAACUUCCUCAAGAGUGGACUUACUGAUUUUUGGUGGUUUUUGGAUGACCUUUUUGAAGUGGGAAAUAUGCGGAACAUAAAGCUUUAGGUAGUUUAAAAAAAAAAAAAAAGUGGAUGUAGAAGUGCAGAGUAGUGCUUAGAACUGAAGAAAAGGGAAGCGUUGAUGAUGAUCAAAAAUGCUUUUAGCAUAGGCAGUAUUAACUAUAUAAGCGUAGUACCAGAUGAGAUGAAAAUGCUCAUCUUUUUGCUACAGUACUACUUAGUAAGUAGUGGUAACUAGUAGUAAUCGAGCUUAGGGAUUGAAUAAUUUUAGGCUAGUGAUUGAGAGAAAACUUGAAAAAGUGAAGAUCACCGCAGCUUUUUGUCACGUUGAUCUUACUCGAUUUACAAGGAAAAAAUUAAAAAUAUGGUUAAGGAUGGGAUGGCACUGUGGCAGUUGACCUCCCCUCUUGUUCAGUGAUCCUCAGAAAAGUUCUGUUAUUCAUCUCAGAAAUUAAUGAUUUGGUUAGAACAAUCCGCAUUUACGGCCCCCUUUUUCAACUGAUUGCCUACUCCAUUUUGGUCGAAUGGCGGCUUUAAUUACAGAAUCCUACUUCACCAUAUACUCAAGUGGCAGUAAUUUUCAUUUUCCCUUUGAAUGUUCGCAAAUCUCGAUUUAAGUACCCUCUGGAGUUUGACAUAAAAUUGAUCCCUGUGUUCAUGGCAAUAGUUUAUUCUUUACAGCUUAAAAAUGAAAAGAUGGUGGAAGAAUAAAAAUGAAAAAAUCUAUCACAUGCUUUCCCCCUGCUGGC